CUCUUUCAAACUGAAUAAACUUGCUUUUGUGUCAAUCAAUUUCAUUCUAACGGGAUGCAAAUUACUCCAAAGAGUCUGUUUGCAAGAUGAGCGAGUGCUCAAAUGUUAUUUCUGUUGUAAAUAUGAUGAGUUUCUAGAUUAAAAAGAAAAAAGUACAUUGUGCAAUGGGGGGUGUACGCAAGGUUAUAUCACGCAGCAGAAAGCAGAAGGACUUCAUAGUUCUUUUCAGCAGUGACGCUGCAACAGGCCACUGAAACCCUUCCACCAGCCAUGUAUUACACCGAUGACUACUGGGACUUUAAUUCAACUGACUUGGACUAUAACUACACGCUGCCCGAUAUUCCAGACACGUUGAGACCUGAGAUCCAACCGAUCCAGAUCGCGGCUCUGCUCUUCUACUGCCUCGUGUUCCUGCUGGGUGUCCCCGGCAAUGCCGUGGUGGUGUGGGUGACGGGGUUCUGCAUGCCCCGCUCCGUCACCUCCCUCUGGUUCCUCAACCUGGCGCUGGUGGACCUGCUGUGCUGCCUCUCCCUCCCUCUGCUCAUGGUCCCCCUGGCCCACGACGACCACUGGCCCCUCGGCCCGCUGGCCUGCACAUUGGUCAAAAGCCUGUUCUACAUGGUGAUGUACUGCAGCAUCCUGCAGCUGGUCGUGAUCAGCGUGGAUCGCUGGAUGCUGGUCAGCAGACCCGUCUGGUGCCAGAACAACCGGCGUCCCAGGAAGGCCGUCUGGGUGUGCGUCGCCGUGUGGUGCCUGGCCCUGGUGGGCAGCGCCCCCCAGUUCGUCUACACCAGGCAGAUCAACGCAGGCCAGGACAAGCGGGAGUGCGUGACCCUGUACUCUCUACUCAGCGCCUGGCUGGUCACGUCCUACCGCUUCGCGGUGGGCUUCUUCCUCCCCUUCGCGGUGAUCGUGGCGUGCCACUUGGUGGUGUACAGCAGAGCGGAGAGCGGACUGUCGAGGGGCCGGACGCGCUCCAAGCGCACGCUGAGAGUCGUCGUGGGCGUGGUGCUGAGCUUCUUCCUGUGUUGGCUCCCGCUGCACAUUGUGGAUUUCCUCUUGCUGACGGUGCCUCGGAGCUCGGCGCACAGCCCCCGGCUCUACCUGGCACACGUGUUGGCGCUGUGCCUGGCUUACUUCAACAGUUGCCUCAACCCGCUGCUCUACGUGUGUCUGGGCCGGGGCUUCAAGCAGAGCAUGAACCGCUCCGUGCGCGGCCUGCUGCAGUUCAUCAGCGAGGACCCGGCGACCCGAACGAGCGUCGCCACCAACGACACCAAGAGCUCCAGCACCCAAAAGGAGGCGACUAAAAUGUGAAGUUGCGGUGACUUUGAUGACCCAAGCGAUGACCUUUGUGACACAAUUACAACUUCAUGGAAAGAACACGGUUGCACGUGCAGAGUUUUGAUGAUGCAGUUGAAUGACAUGCAAAGAUGUUUUUGUGAUUGCCUCAGGAUUGCAUAUCUGUUGCGCAACAUUUCCUGCGAUGGCUCAACAACCAUUUGCUUUAUUCCUCCUCCUCAAGGAUGAUGUCAGCCGUUGUUUAGGAGCAAUUCCAUUUGAAAUUAGAUGUUUUAUACGUCUUAUUAUACACGAUUAAAACAUAUUUUCUUCUACAUCACUUACCAGUAAAAUACUCUGCCUUGUCCUCUUGUGUAACAGUAGCCUUGCAUGCACGGACCACAAGAGGGAGCUACACUCUAAACCUGAUUCUCGCUGGAUGCCUCAAUUCAAUUCCACCAAGCACGUCUGCGGAAGUCUUUUCUUUCUUUUACACCCUUUACCUGAUGUAUACUUAUGUUAAUGUAUGAUGUCUUAAAUUGAUCUUGCACCCGUCUAUAAUAAAUAAAAUAAAAAAACGGAA